UCGCCAGCGGCUUCUCCGUCGACGUUAGCUCGAAAGAGGCUGCCGUUCGUACGCCUAUCGGUCGACGCUGCCCCAUCCCGGCACGUGCGCCAGCCGCUCGCAUUGCAGCGUGCCACGACGCAGCCGUCUCUGCCAUUGCCAUAUCGACCAUCUGGGGUUUCGCGACAGGACAUCGCCAGGAGCUCCCAUCCGAGUCUUCGAGUCUUCGGCGCAUUUCCCCUCCGGCCAAGCGCGGGACGCAGACUCGUUGAGGGGUAGCCUUUCGGUCCGGCGGUAGACUUUCACCCUCGAGUGACAUCCAGUCACUCACUCAGUCACGCAUCGCGGACUCGGGCCACCAUGGGCCCCAAGAAAAAGACCAAGAGCGAGACGCCAUCGCCGCCUACGCUCACGCCCAGCUGGCCAGCGUUCGCACCGCUCAUUCCCGAGUCUGAUCUUUCACUGCACGAAGCCUUUCCCGGCCAGAUCGUGACGCUGCCAAACUUCUUCACAGCCACCUUGUCCAAGACCUAUGUGUCGUUCCUCUCUUCGCUCCCACUUGCGACCACGCCCGGCAAGCCAAAGCGAGGAGACGCGGUGCGCGUAAAUGAUCGCUUCCAAGUUGACGAUCCAGCAUUUGCAGAGCGCCUAUGGAGCGGCACUUCCCUGAGAAACCUCGUCCUCGGAACCGCUGAGAACGAUGGCCUCGGCAUGGAUGACGCGCAGCGGAGGAACCUCUGGGGUGGCGACGUAGUGGGUCUGAACCCCAACAUUCGCAUCUAUCGGUACUCCAAGGGGCAGUUCUUUGACCAGCAUUACGAUGACUCCAACAACGUUACCUUGCCUGGAAGCCCGCCGGUGCCUGCGCGAACGACCUGGACUUUGCUGCUCUAUCUCACGUCGCCUGCCACAGGGUGCAUCGGGGGCGAGACCGUCUUCUACCCUGAACCGGAAACAGGGAAGAAGAGGAGCAAAGAGCCACCGCCCGAACCUUUUGUCGUGGAGCUUGAGGUCGGCCUGGCGCUUUUGCAUCGUCAUGGUGCCCACUGUAUGUUGCAUGAAGGUCGUGAGGUGACCCAGGGAGAAAAAUGGGUCAUCCGAAGUGACCUAUGCGUCAAACGUUGAUACCGGGUGAGACAGAAGUCGUCUAUAUUUCGUCCUCUAUUAUCAACUGUUCCCGACCUUAGCGCCGUCCUCAUGUCAGGUUUUAGAUGCCAGGGGAUUGCUCACGUACAAGGUGUCCUUCGACAUGCUCAAUGGCAGACUUUGGCGGUAUGAUCCUCCAGAGUUAUUCGCCUGAGUAGAUUCAUGAGCCAGCCCGGCAUGCUGAGAUGCCAGCAUGCUGGGCAAUAUCUGCGUUCCUUCGGGCAAGUGUGGCACGGUCGUGA